AUGGAAGAUACAGAAGAUAUUCAAGAGAUUCAUCCGCCUCCCACUACUGAAGUUUCAAAAGGAAAAAAAGUUCUUCAACAGCACAAAAAAGGGAAAACAAUAGGGACUUUUUUUAUGCCAAGAGCUACUCGAGGAGGUCAACCAUCCAUCAAAAGUGUGAUGCAAAGCAAAGAAGCUAAAGAGAAGGUUGACUUGGCAGUUGCGAAGUGGAUGAUUGAUGCUUCCAUCCCUUUCAAUGCAGCAAACUCUGCAUAUUAUCAAACAAUGUUUGAUGCUGCUUGUUCUUUUGGAGCUGGUUACAAAGCACCUAAUUUCUAUGACUUGCGUGGCUAUUUAUUGACAAAAAAUGUUGAGCAAGUCAAGAAUUUUGUUAAUAGCUUUCGUACAACUUUGAAAGAAACUGGAUGUACUAUUAUGGCUGAUGGAUGGACUGACCAACAAAGGAGAAUUCUCAUCAACUUUCUAGCUUAUUGCCCUAGAGGAACUAUUUUUUUGAAAUCAGUUGAUGCCUCGGAUGCUUCGAAGACUGCAGAAAUGUUGUAUAAGCUAUUUAGAGAAGUGGUUUUAUUUGUUGGGAUGGAAAAUGUGGUACACUUCAUUACUAACAAUGCUGCCAAUUAUGUUGCUGCUGGAAGAUUAUUAGAAAGGGAAUUUCCAACACUUUACUGGUCUCCAUGUGCUGCUCAUUGCCUAAAUUUGAUGUUGCAUGAUAUGGGCAAGUUAGAUGAGGUUAGUAAAGUGGUUGAACAUGCUUCAAAAAUAACAAAAUAUAUUUAUAAUCAUUGUUAUCCGUUGCAUUUGAUGAGAAAAUACACUGGUGGAAAAGAAAUUAUUCGGCCUGCUCCUACACGUUUUGCUACUAAUUUCAUUGCAUUGCAAAGUAUUUUAGUGCAAAAAGAUGCUUUAAGAGCUAUGGUGACUUCAAAAGAAUGGACCUUUUCAGCAUAUGCUAAGGAGAGUAAAGCAAAAAAAUUUGUGGAUCUUGUGCUAGAUUCUCUGUUUUGGAAGGAAUGUGCUAUAAUCGUUCAAUUAACUGAGCCUUUUGUUCGAGUUCUAAGAAUUGUUGAUAGUGAUGAAAGGCCUGCUAUGGGAUACUUGUAUGCUGCCAUGCAUAGAGCCAGAGAAGAGCUUUUGAGAAGAUUCUCAAGAAAAAAGAAAACAUCAGCUUCACAAAAUCUUCAUGCUGCCGGUUAUUGGCUCAAUCCUGCUUAUCAAUACAAUUCUCUUGAUUUGGAAAAGCAUAGGCACACAACAUCAGGACUUUUGGAUGUGAUUGAGAGAUAUUCCUAUGCAAAUCCUGAUUUGAUGAGUAAUUUGACCGGAGAGAUGAGAUUAUUUCGUAAAGCUGAAGGUGAUUUUGGUAGAGUUUCUGCUAUACGAGAUCGUGAUGUCAUGCUUCUAGAUCAAUGGUGGACAUGUUAUGGUAGCACUGCACCUAAUUUGCAAAAACUAGCUAUAUGUGUUCUAAGCCAAACUUGUAGUGCUUCUGGCUGUGAAAGGAAUUGGAGUUUAUUUGAACAUAUCCACUCAAAGAAGAGAAAUAGAUUGGAGCAUCAAAGACUAAACGAUUUGGUUUAUGUACUCUACAAUUUAAGAUUACAACAAAGAAAUGCAAGGGGUAGAAAUUAUGAUCCUAUUGAUUUUGAGGACUUCAGCGCCAAUAAAACUUGGAUUUUGGAUGAUGAACCUUCACAGUUAACUUCAGCUGAAUUAGAAAGUUUUAGAAAUGAAAUAGCUACAUUUGCUAUCAGCCGACAAAGUGAUGAAACUCUAAAUUUGGAUGAUUUGGACACUAGAGAUGAAGAUGAGACCAAUAAUGAAGAGAAUGUUGAAAGAAAUGACCUUAAUGCAGGCUGUGAUGUAAAUGAACUUGGUGGUACUGAAUUUGGCAGAAGUUGGGACCAUGGGCAUGAAUUAUGGAGUGAACUGCUCAAGUGA